UUCAAUUUCAAUGAAAUUCUAGAUAAAAAUAUAUUGUGUAUGAUCAUUACGAAUAAUAUAGGAUGUUUCUUUGUUGCUGUGUAUUGUGAUACUGAUUAAUUGCGGUUUAUUUUUCUUGCUCUGGUAGUACUACUGAGCUUUCACUUGACCUUGAAUGCGUUCAACAAAUUUCCCCUUUAAUUGCAGCGCUUUCUUUGUUUUCGCGUACUAAUCCCGCGAGAGUAAGAACAAAGCUUAGUGGGCAUUGAUCAGUGUGACGCCGUUGUAUGUAUACUUUGUUAAAUUUGAGGUUAGGUCGACUUUAACCAUCAUUAAAAUGAGUGAAAAAAUUGGUAAUAAAACUUGGAAUUAUUUAAUUGGAUUUGAAAGAAGCCAAAUAAAUAAUAAUAAGCUGCCUUCGUAUCGUGACUUACUAAAUUUUUUUAUGUAUAAACAUCAGUCUUUAAAAUUAACUAUUCGAAAUAGUGCUACUAGUGUUAUUAACGAUACUAAUACUAUUCGGGCUAGUUUCAAGAUUCCAACUAUACGUCCUCAGCACAGUCUUACGAAGUUGGAAAAAUUUUAUGCCGAAUAUAUAAAAGUGAAGACACAUCACAAGAGGGAAAAAAAUCGAAAGCACAAAAACAGAAUGUUGAAAAGUUUAACCAAAAACUAGAUAAAUUGUUCGAUAUUUCGAAUUCCACAAUGGUUAAGAAUUUGCCAAAAGAGCAGCAACAAUUUCUGAAUGAGUGUCAAAAGGGGAAAACCAAUAUUCACUCGCCCGUUACUAAUUUCUUGCCGGUGGAAACUUUUCAGAAUAAAUCUGACACUGAACAGGAAAUAACAAAUGAAGAUAAUGAGAAUAAUACAGACGAAAUUGGCAUGAAAUUAUCGCAACAUUCGAUGCCAGCAAGUUUUUGUAGUCUAUCAUCAAAUUCCAGUGGGUUGAAACGAACAUAUUCUGAUUUUGAGGAUGAACUCCCUGUACCUCCUAAAAAGAAAAAAAUCAAUAUUUUUUAAGAUUUGAUUCAACAUUUUGUGGAAAUUCAAUGCUAGGUAAACUUCAAUGAUUAAUAUCUCAGAAAAUAUCGAUCUUAGUGAUUUGGUGCUAAGGACCUUUUUUGUAGAAAAUUGAAUUUCCUACAAAAUUAUUAUUUACAUUUUUUCUGUAUGUCUUGUUGUUUAUGAGAUAAUGAGUGAAAAAACAAGAAUUCUAUAAAAAAUUCGGUUUGGCGGUCCGUACUACCCCGCCAGUAUGUGUUACGACUUCGUAACAAUGGACACUUUUGUAGAACAUUUAAUUCUGAAAAAAACCCGUCCAUAGUCAAAGCGAUGCUAUGAAAUGCCACUGAGCUAUAGAAAUUUAAAAAAAAAAAAUGAAAGUUCUCGUAUAAUUCAAAUGGGAAAUCUUCACACGCUGUGUAGGAGUACUUAAUAUUAAUAUUAAGGGCUCAAACUUUCAGGGAAUUUUUUUGGGUGUAUUUCCAACAAAAUUUCGGGA